AUGUAUAAAGUGUAGCUAUAUUGUAUUUGUAUAUUGUAUAAUAGGAAUACAGAAGGAUUAAAAUGUAUAUGUAUAUUGACGCUAUGUAUUGUAUAAUAGGAAUACAUCUAAUAUAAAAGAAGUAUAAUUAGUGGGUGUUGUAGACGGAUCAAUUUUAUCAUGUUUAAUUCAAGGGAAAUAAUUUACGCAGGGUUUCAUUUGACAAUAUUACGAGUUCUACAGGGUCUCAUUUUAUAGUAUUACGUAUUCUGCAGGGUUGCAUUGAUAAAGUACAUAUAUUAUCUAAAUAUAUCUUAAACUUAUGUUUCGGAAUAAAAAAACAUGAAGGAUGGGAUGUAUUGUACAUAUGUGAAUGAGUAAGUAUAAUAAAAAAACAUGAAGGAUGGGAUGUAUUGUACAUAUAUGAAUCAGUAAGUAUAAUAAAAUUAAGUUGUGGAGAAUAUAAUCUCCCCUGACACCGGGCAUUUAAAGAGCAGAGGUAUAGGUUGGGGGAAAUCCUUGGUCCGUAACGUUUGUCGGAAACCCGGGGGAAUGGGACGGAUAUCGAUCCUUCUCCGGGUCUCCGCAGAACCAGGGAGAAAUGGAUCGAUAUAGAACUAGUAGCGUUAGCUCCAGUCUAGUAGGUUUAGUGCUGAGGGAAUGGUUGGAGAAGAGAAGGUUUAAACUAUGGAAGGAACAACAACACUGCCUAUUGUAGAAGAUGAGCAGAACCUGUAUGACUGGGGUAUAGAGAACAGGCUGGAUCAAUACUAUAACGAUGAUCAGAGCACAGGAGAUUCCUACCCGGAGCCAGAGUAUCCAACUCAAACCAAUCCUACCCAACCCAUCCAGCUCAAGGAGUAUAAUAAAGAGUAUCCAGGGACGUAUAGAGAGUAUAGAGCUCCUCCUCCGGCCCACCAGGAGAGAACCCUAGCCCCGACUCUGUACAGGGAUAGGGUUAAGGAGGAACCAGGACUUGAUAUGUCAGGAUGGAACCAGGCUCAGUUUAGAGCAUAUCGUCAAUCUGGUCUCCCUAGGCAACAACCGGCUUUCAGUAUUGAUGCUAACGAAGCUCUUAAGGUUGAGCGGAAAAGAGCUCGGAACCGUGUAGCAGCCAGUAAGUGUAGGAUGAGGAAGAUGGAGAAGAUUGCAACCUUGGAUCAGCAGGCUAAUGUGCUGAGGCAGGAGAACGAGGAGCUGGCCAACCUAACCUUGAAGCUCAAGGAGCAGGUUUACAAGCUGCAGCAGGAGCUCCAAUGGCAUAUUAACAAUGGUUGCGAGUUGGGAGGGAGAGCAAGCACCGUCCUGUCGGAGAGUGAGACGGAGCUGGGUCCCAAACUCAGCCCGGAGUUGGCUAGUCCUGACUCUACAACCCUACCCGGGGUAAUGAGUCCUAUCCAGGAUAAGGAUGAGGUGAUUUUAUCCUGAACCUGAACCCAGUGCUGCAAACUUCCAGUCAGCACAAUAAAAUUUUUAAAUAUUUAUAAUAAUCAGCUAAUUUUUAUAACUGAUCGAUUUUUCUAUGAAGGAUGAAAAAUAUUUUUAAUACAACUAUUUACAAAUGAUAGAACCGUGAAUAUCUUUCACAAAAUGAUAUGCAAACCAAUUAAAUGUACAAACUGUGAAUAUACUUUUCUAUGAACUAGUCCAGUGUGCCUGCUGUAAAAUAUAUUUAUAUACAUUUAUAAAAUAGUUU